CUAAUGUGAUUGGUCGAAUGUCUUCUUAUAAAACGUUUCCUCACCGGCAUUCUUCCUCUCUCUCUCCAGGCGGGGCAGUGAAGUUUGGCAGUGACGAGGCUCCAGGAUUAAUUACUCAAACAUCCCGUUGAAAAGAAGGAACCAUGUCUAAAGGACCAGCUGUAGGCAUUGAUCUUGGGACCACAUACUCCUGUGUGGGGGUUUUCCAACAUGGCAAAGUUGAAAUCAUUGCCAACGACCAGGGCAACAGGACCACCCCCAGUUAUGUUGCCUUCACUGAUUCGGAGCGUCUCAUUGGAGAUGCUGCCAAGAACCAGGUGGCCAUGAACCCCACAAACACAGUCUUUGAUGCCAAAAGACUCAUUGGACGCAGAUUUGAUGAUGGAGUUGUCCAGUCUGAUAUGAAACACUGGCCAUUUACCGUCAUCGAUGAUUCCACGCGCCCUAAAGUCCAGGUUGAUUACAAGGGUGAAACAAAGAGCUUCUACCCAGAAGAGAUCUCUUCCAUGGUUCUAGUGAAAAUGAAGGAAAUUGCCGAAGCUUAUCUUGGAAAGACUGUUAGCAAUGCAGUAGUCACCGUGCCUGCCUACUUCAAUGACUCCCAGCGCCAAGCCACUAAGGAUGCUGGCACCAUCUCUGGCUUGAAUGUGCUGCGUAUCAUCAAUGAGCCAACAGCUGCUGCCAUUGCCUACGGGCUUGACAAGAAGGUUGGUGCUGAAAGGAACGUCCUCAUCUUCGAUCUUGGUGGUGGCACUUUUGACGUGUCCAUCCUGACCAUUGAGGACGGAAUCUUUGAAGUCAAAUCUACAGCUGGAGACACUCACUUGGGCGGCGAGGACUUUGACAACCGCAUGGUCAACCACUUUAUUGCCGAGUUCAAGCGUAAAUUCAAGAAAGACAUCAGCGACAACAAGAGAGCCGUCCGCCGUCUCCGCACCGCCUGUGAGAGAGCUAAGCGCACCCUGUCAUCAAGCACUCAGGCCAGCAUUGAAAUCGACUCCCUGUACGAGGGCGUCGACUUCUACACCUCCAUCACCAGAGCUCGUUUUGAGGAGCUCAAUGCUGACCUCUUCCGUGGCACUUUGGACCCAGUUGAGAAGUCCCUCCGUGAUGCCAAAAUGGACAAGUCCGCGGUCCACGACAUCGUCCUCGUCGGUGGUUCCACCCGUAUCCCUAAGAUCCAGAAACUUCUGCAAGAUUUCUUUAACGGCAAGGAACUCAACAAGAGCAUCAACCCUGACGAGGCUGUUGCUUACGGUGCUGCUGUCCAGGCUGCCAUCCUCUCUGGUGACAAAUCAGAGAAUGUCCAGGACUUGCUGCUUCUGGACGUCACUCCACUGUCUCUGGGUAUCGAGACCGCUGGUGGCGUCAUGACUGUGCUGAUCAAGCGCAACACCACCAUUCCGACCAAGCAGACCCAGACCUUCACCACUUACUCCGACAACCAGCCUGGUGUGCUCAUUCAGGUGUACGAAGGUGAGCGUGCCAUGACCAAGGACAACAACUUGCUGGGCAAGUUCGAGCUGACUGGCAUUCCUCCAGCUCCCCGUGGUGUUCCCCAGAUUGAGGUGACCUUUGACAUUGACGCCAACGGCAUCCUCAACGUCUCUGCUGUUGACAAGAGCACUGGCAAGGAAAACAAGAUUACAAUCACCAAUGACAAAGGUCGCCUCUCCAAGGAGGACAUUGAACGCAUGGUCCAGGAAGCUGAGCAGUACAAGGCUGAGGAUGACGUCCAGCGUGACAAGGUUUCUUCCAAGAACGCUCUGGAGUCGUACGCCUUCAACAUGAAGUCCACCGUGGAGGAUGAGAAGCUGCAGGGCAAGAUCAGCGACGAGGACAAGCAGAAGAUUCUUGAAAAGUGCAAUGAGGUCAUCAGCUGGCUUGACAAGAACCAGACUGCUGAGAAGGAAGAGUAUGAGCACCACCAGAAGGAGCUGGAGAAGGUGUGCAACCCAAUCAUCACCAAGCUGUACCAGAGUGCCGGUGGGAUGCCAGGAGGGAUGCCCGGUGGAAUGCCAGGUGGCUUCCCUGGAGCUGGUGCUGCGCCAGGCGGUGGUGGAUCCUCCGGACCAACCAUUGAGGAGGUUGACUAAACUGUCCUGUGCUUUCAAUUACCUCUCCAACAGUAAUGUUUACAGAGAACUCUGUGAAGAAGGCAAAUGUUUUUUCCCCAACCUCAUGGCUGUUAGGGAUCACUUGAAUUUCUCAACUGGUUUUGUGGCUGUUGCACAAAGAUGUAAGUCAGGAUUCUUUGACUAUAUGCCUUUUUAUACCUCUAAACCAUUUUGAAUAAAGUCUACAGUCCUUCAGCCUCUUA